UUUUCUUCUUUACUCCUUCGGAAUCCGUCCGGCGCCUCCAACCCGUAAACGUUGGACUACUCUGCACAAAAGUCAGUUUACGAGGUCGUUUUCCAACACAGCUAUACGCCAUCAUCCUUUUUUUCUAACCCAAUUCUUCGGCAGCCCAACAAUCAGGCUUUUCACGCCUACACUGGGCGCAGCACGUCUUAUGCAACCAUGGCAUCAAAUGCGUCAAACGCCGCUAUAAACGCUGUCGUCAAAAAGGCACCAGCACUAACAAAAACGCAGACUGGAUUGGACAGUCUCAACAUUCUCAACCAGCUAUUCACACAAAUUCUCAAUAGAAAAUUACACACUAAGGCCGUAAAGAUCAAAGAAAAUUCACAUAUCCUCGAUCUUGGCUGCGGAAGCGGCCUCUGGGUAAUGCUUAUGGCCCUAAACCCAAAACUAUCUUCAAUUAUAGCAGCAUACCUACUGGAAUUUGAGGGAGAAAAAGUUUUGUUGAAUCGCGUGACCAGCAUCCCACAAACCGUUACGUUCACCCCUGUGGAUAUUAAAAGGGAAUGGACAGGCAAAAUUUUACAACAUACACCUUACGAUCUAAUAAAUUGCAGGAUGAUAAAGGGGUCUAUGAAAUCAUGGCCCACAAUAUACGAGAAAAUAGCGACCCACUUGACGCCCGGAACCGGAGUCUUUAAACAGUUUAAGAUCGAUUUGCGAUUUCAAUACUCCUCUGGCCUCAUUCCAAACGCCUUAAAGCAGUGGGCAGAUAAGCUUCACCAGGCCAUGGAAGAGCAUGGCAUGUUUAUGCGAUGCGACCCCGAAGAAAUUCGAUGCAUGCUGCUCAAAAGCGGUUUUGACAACGUUAAAGAGCGGGCGAUUAUUUUUCCAAUUAAUGAUUGGCCGCUGGAAAACGACGGUAAAAAAAUCGGGAAAUGGUUUAAUCUCGCCCUCACCAACAGUUUAUUACCAAUGUCCCUUUCGCCUUUGGUUCGUACUGGGAACAACAAAGUCAAGGAAAUUAAUAACCUGAUCAACAAAGCCAGCGAAGAAUUAAAUUCCCAGGCACGUACGGAGGGCGUCUAUUGCAUAUUCUACAUUUGGACCGCCAUAGCCUGA